AUGAGACGCCCACGCCCGCAGCACAAUACGACCUCCUUGCCUCGUGAUCUGCGAGGUGAGCUUGGAAUUCGCGAUCGGUAUGGAGAAAAGAAGCGUCGACUCAACGGACCUGCCUCACGGAAAGACCGUCGUCAAGCUGAGCGAAACGGGAAGAAGUCGAAACCAAAUGCGAGAACUUGGAAGGAGUACCCCCGCCAGCCGGAAAAGAGUCAGGAGGAUGCGAAGGAUUCCGAUUUCGAAAUGGAUGACCAAAAAUCCCACAACAAGAGCCUGAAGUCCAGCGGCGAAGAUCAAAAAGCGCUCAAGAGAAAACGAGAGGAUACCGGAAAAUCCAAGACAGUUGAAAAGAUUCUUGAUGAAGAUAGCGACGAGGAAAACUCUAUGGAUGAUUCCUUUGAUCAUUUCGGAACAAUCGACGACCUGGAUGAAGACGACGACGAGUCAGAUGUCAAUGAAUCAGAGGAAAUCGAUACUCCCCAUAUUUCAUCAGGCGUGAAAUCCAAGCUAGCGGAAGACGACGCUGAAAUUGCCGCCUUGGAGAAGAAGUUAGGUCUCAAGAAGGGUAAAGUCUCGAAGAAAUUCGAAGACGACGGGUUAGACGAUUUGCUUGGUGAUUUGGGCGAAGCGUCAGAGGACGACAGCAAAAAAAGGAAACGAGAAGCAGACGAGUGGCUUCAGAGCAAGCGAAAGAAGGCUCAACAACUUCAGGCUCGGGGUGGGGAGGAGGAGGAUAGCGACGAAGAAAGUGACGAGGACGAGGAUGAUCUUGACGAAGAAAUAUUUGGAAGUGAAGAUGAUGAGAGUGGGGAUGACGAUGACUUUGAUGGUUUCGACGAAGACGAGAAAGCUCCCCCCAAAAAACGCGAGAACCCAUACGUCGCGCCAACUCCCAAAUCUUCUGGCGCGCAACCUCAGAAAUACGUUCCUCCCUCGUUACGAGGCCUAUCAGAUCCCGAGACAGAGUCUCUUACUCGACUAAAGCGCCAGGCACAAGGACAGCUCAACAAGCUCUCGGAGGCUAAUAUGCUUUCCAUUGUGUCUGAAUUCGAGAAGCUGUAUCGUGACUACCCCCGCCAGCAUGUCACGGCUACGGUGCUCAAUCUAUUGAUGGGGCUUAUCUGUGAAAGAGCUGUUCUGCAAGACACAUUUAUGGUCCUUCACGCCGGUUUCAUCGCGGCUCUUUACAAGCUCCUCGGAAUGGACGUUGGAGCCGAGAUCAUUCAGAAGAUUGUGGAAACAAUCGAUGCCAAUGGUGAUGAGCGCGGAACUUUUGAAGGUAAAGAGAUCAUUAAUUUGAUUUCUCUCCUUUCGCAACUUUACAAUUUCCACGUCAUCGGAAGCCCAUUGAUGUUCGACUACGUUCGUUCAUUCCUCGAGGAUAUUACGGAGGACAACACAGAACUUCUGCUUAAGGUCAUCCGAAUCUCCGGUCCUCAACUCCGUCAAGACGAUCCCUCGGCACUCAAGGAUAUUGUCCUUCUUAUCCAGCCGGCCGUGGCUAAGAUUGGCGAAGACAAGCUUUCUGUUCGCACGAAGUUCAUGAUCGACACCAUCACAGAUCUGAAGAACAACCGUGUCAGAAAUGCGAUCGGUGCCAACAUUACAACCGACCACAUCACAAAAAUGCGCAAAAUUCUGGGUGCUUUAAAUAACUCCCGAGUCAUUCGCGCUUCGGAGCCUAUCAGCAUUACACGCGCCGAUAUCCACGAUUCUUCCAAGAAGGGCAAGUGGUGGCUUGUUGGUGCAAGCUGGAAGGAAGACCCGCUGGUAUCUGCUCGAAAAGAGCUGGAAGAUGUCUCCAUGAAGAAUGCCGAAUCCGAGGAUGACAGCGAAGCCGAGCCUGAUUUUGGUGACCUCGCGAGAGCCCAUCGUAUGAACACUGACAUUCGCCGCUCAAUCUUUGUCGCCAUCAUGUCCGCCAAUGACUUCCAAGAUGCGCACGUCCGACUCAUGAAGCUACGAUUGAAGCGUGCCCAGGAAUUCGAAAUCCCGCGUGUUCUGCUGCACUGUGCAAUGGAGGAGGAAGCACACAACCCAUACUACACUCUCAUCGCACGACGAAUCUGUGGAGACAUGGGACGCCGCAUCAAGGUCUCCUUCAUGUUUGCUCUCUGGAACGUCUUCAAGAGGAUGGGCGAGAAAGGAGAUAUGGAUGACGAGGAGGCAGACUUUGAUCCCGAAGAUGAGGAAACUGCCGUCAGCAUGAAAGCUGUCAUCAAUUUGGCCAAGAUGUAUGGUAUGCUGAUUGCCGAUGGUAACUUGACCCUCAGCAUGCUGAAGAACCUCAACUUCGCGUACCUGCAGCCGAAGACCAAGACCUUCGUCGAAGUUUUGAUAAUCACUAUCAUCCAGCAAUCCCAGAAGAGCAAAAAGGGCUCCAAGAAAAACAAGAAGAAGACUAGCUCAGAUGAGCCUGUGAAGGAUGAAGAAUCCCUGAUGCAGAUCUUCAUGCGCGUCCAAGACACGCCGCACGUCGCUAAGGGAUUGAUGUUCUUCAUUCGCAAGGUCGUCUCCAAGACCGACAUCCUGUCCUCCGAGAAAGAACAAAAAGAGGUUCGCUGGGGCUGCAAUGUAGCAAUGGACGCUCUGAAGGUCAUUCGCGAUUAA